AUGUCUGUGGAUGACUGCAAUCAGUGUGGAGCGGGUCAAGAAGAGGAUGCCGGCGAAAGGAAGCACCUGGAUGGUAAGCCAAACGACAUGAUUUACUCAGUAGACGAAGUUCCACCAUGGUAUUUGUGCAUACCACUAGGUCUGCAGCACUACAUGACGGCCUUCAGCAGUACAUUAUCUAUUCCUUUGCUACUUGCGCCACAUUUCUGCAUGGCGCAGGAUCACUUAGGCAUAAGUCAACUGAUCAGCACGAUCUUCUUUGUUUCCGGUCUGUGUACGCUCAUACAAACCACAAUUGGCUGCAGGCUUCCUAUCAUGCAGGGUGGAUCGUUCUCUUUCCUCGUACCAUCUAUCGCCAUCCUGUCUCUAUCAAAAUGGUGCUGCCCAUUCACCCAUAAAGAUCGAUGCAAUAUGAACGAAACCGAUAUACCGGAUGUCGCAAGCGAUGACCACCGCGUAAUGUGGAAAUCCAGAAUAGCGGAGAUCCAGGGAGCCAUUCUGGUUUCAGCGUUGUUCCAAGUGGUCAUCGGUUUCAGCGGCCUCAUGGGGUUUGUUCUCCGGUUUAUCGGACCGCUUGCCAUUGUUCCGACCAUCGCACUGAUUGGUCUAUCAUUGUUCGGAGCGGCAGCCAAUCAGGCAGCAGGUUUCUGGUGGAUUGCGAUUUUAACAAUUGCAUUCAUUUCUCUGUUUUCACAAUACCUACGCGAUGUACUGUUUCCAAUACCUGCAUUCCGAAAUGGUCAAGGCUGUGGUGUCAAACGUAUCGCUUUGCUAAAGCUAUUCCCAGUGUUACUAGGUAUGUGUCUAUCCUGGCUAGUCUGUUACAUCCUGACUGUGUCCGGAGCCUUGACCUCUGACCCUAAAGGCUGGGGUUACCAAGCCAGGACAGACUCGCGGAUUGUCGUCCUGAACAAUGCCCCCUGGUUCCGGUUCCCAUAUCCAGGCCAGUGGGGAACCCCCACAGUGAGCGUCUCGAGUGUUUUUGCCAUUUUAGCCGGAGUUCUGGCUUCGAUGGUGGAGUCCGUGGGAGAUUACUACGCCUGUGCACGGUUAAGUGGUGCCCCUCCGCCACCUGAUCACGCUGUUAACAGAGGUAUAGGUAUUGAGGGUGUGGGGUGUAUCUUGGCAGGAGCGUGGGGGUCGGGGAAUGGGACCACUUCAUAUACACAAAACAUCGGGGCUAUAGGAAUCACCAAGGUGGGCAGCCGCAGGGUGGUGCAGGUCGGUGGGUUAAUCAUGAUCGUCCUGGGAUGUCUGGGCAAAUUCGGCGCCCUCUUCGUCACCUUACCCACCCCAGUAGUAGGAGGAAUGUUUAUGGUCAUGUUUGGAAUGGUGACAGCGGUGGGACUUUCAAACCUCCAAUUUGUGGACCUGAAUUCUUCCAGGAAUCUUUUCAUUCUUGGGUUUUCUAUAUUUUUUGGCUUGAGUUUACCGAAUUGGUUGAGUAGCAAUCGGGACGCUAUCAAGACAGGUAGUGAUGUCGCGGAUCAGAUUCUCACAGUAUUAUGCAGCACGAAUAUGUUUGUCGGGGGCUUUUGUGGAUUUGUCCUGGAUAACACGGUUCCAGGUACGGAGGAGGAGAGAGGGAUCAGAAAGUGGCGGCAGGCGCUUCUGUCAGCCAGUGAUGUUGCCUCCGGGAAAGCAGUGGACUAUAGUGCUUAUGAUUUCCCGCUUGUUCAGAAAUAUCUCAAUAGGUGGCGAUGGACGAGUUAUGUCCCCUUUUGUCCAAGUUUUAGGGGAUGUGGAAUGUGUUUUCCCUGUUGUGCUAAAGAGGGUUCAUUUGACUCGCCGGAAACUGAUGAAAACGGGUACGUGAACGAGGCAGCGACGAUGGAAGACGAAGACAGCAUGGAGAGUUUAAAUGACAUAAUGGCCGACCCGGAAGCUGCAGAGUUUUUGGCCUACAAGAAUACCAGCGCGCUCUGUGACGACCUCCAAUUCAUGGGUGGUAUGUCUGACAUGUGCGAUGUAAAGUUUCUCGUCGGCCGUGAUAGAGUGCCCGUAUACGGGGUGAAGGUCAUACUUACAACAAGAUGCAGGGCUUUUUACAAUCUGAUCUUGGCCGAGGAGAAAAAAAUUACUGAACUGAAACCGACUCCGAAAAAGAGAAGUAACAAACUGCUGAAUUUUCUAAGAAAGCGAAAGACCGGCAAAGGAUUCAAGACAACCAAUGGUCACGGCAGCCUGCCGCCGGCGGGACCCCUGACCAUCGAGGUGCCUGAUUUUGAGCCCAGUAUCUUUAACCGUAUUGUUCUCUUCCUCCAGAGCGGAACUGUCAGUGUCGACAUCUCCAAUGUUAUCGGUGUCAUGAACGCUGCAGACACUUACGGCGUGGACGACCUCAGAAUAGCCUGUUUCCAGUUUGCCCGUAGCUUCAUCAACGUUCAGUCUGUCCUGCCUCUAUACAUGACAACGCUACAACAGACUCACUUCAAAUGCACAAAAGAUGUCUUGAGCGAGAUAUUCGCCUUCCUGGACAGAUACGCAGAAGAUGUCUUUAAAGUUCAAGAGUUUGCAAACCUUCCAAAAGACGUUGCCUUGUCACUUUUGGCCAGACCGAUCGCACGUGCCUCAGCAGAAACGAAAUGGGACGCCGCCUUGAAGUGGAGCAAACGACACUGCAACGGUGAUCUGGUAGUGAUGAGAGACGUACUGAAAUCUUUCACGCCCAACAUCAAUCUUUUGGAGAUUCCACUGUCGAAACUUCUGGAAGAGGUUACUCCAAUCUGCUCCCAUCAGGCUGGAGAUGCUAAAACGUUGGCACAAGACUCCGCCGAAGCCCUUAUGGAAUCCCGCAGUCGGCCAGUGUCAAGUGGACUUUCAUUCAGGAAAUCGUCUAUGUCUUCUGUUUGCUCCGACUCGGCUUCAUCCACGGAUAGUGGCUACACAUCGUGUAAAGAGAGCUGUAUGCUGUGA